GUGUCUCAACCAGCCCCCUAGUUCAGUAGUCAGGGCACUGAUCAGGCAGUUGGCCAUUUUAAGGGCUGUCUCAAUCGCAAAAUGCUUCCAGUGCACUGGAACGUUUGCUCCCUAAAAAAAUCCCACAAUGCACCGCAAAAAGGGACAUGAAUGCUCACUAUACUGCACUAUACUUAGAUAGUUGAAGCCUUUUAGCUCGAGAAAAAUGGUGGACAAACUCAGCCAACUUCGUCUACAAAUAUAUAAGUAGCUUGUUAUCGUUGUUGUAGCUCUCAAAUGAUUACUUACGUUAGUAAUUUUUAAUUUUAUUUGACAUUCUAUAUAUGGUUUGUUGAGAGUCCAACGAGUCUUAAGUGUUUAAUAAUUUUAAAAAAUCCACUAGCUAGCCUAAGAUCCUGCUUGAAGUACCAUGACAGAAACACAUGUGAUUACACUAAUAAAUUUAUAUGACAUAUUAUUUCAGAAAGAUAUCGGUCUUGCUUGUUGUUGAUAAAUGCCAGUGGUGACGUUUUCCAAUGCUUGAGUCAUCAGUGUCCCAAUGUGUAGUGAGCCAGGGUCCUCAACAGUGCACGAACUCAUGUACAGGAUAUACUGAUUCACUACCUAGGGAACUAGGGAGCUGACUGAGACACGCCCAUUGUGUCAGCCCAUUUUUGCAAUAAUUUUAUUCCUUUGGCACUGUCCAUGUUCUUUCCCCUAGGUGAGAAUAGUUUCACUGUUAUCAUUCGUUCAUGAUUGUCCUUUUUUGUGUUGGAAAUAAAAGCUAUAACCAUACCUCCAACCUCCUGACCUAAUCAUAUCCACCAACACUAUUAUCCAACCAACCCUCAAUCUUAAAUUUUUAUUGUUCUUGCACUCACCCCUGGCCUAGCCUUCUGUGGGAACGUAACAAGUGGGUGCUCGUCCAGGAUCUGAUCUGAUUGGAUAGGAUAGGACAAAAUUGGAUUCUCGCUGUGAACUUAAAGCAUCAUAGUGUUCUGCUUAGGCUGUGCAUAAGACUGGAAGGCAUGGCAACUUUUGACUUGCAAGCAUUUGUUCCUUCUCCAAGUCUGGAUGUAUUUCAGAGGUGUCGGAAGGAUUACCUACUAGAGACAGCUGCUUUUCUAUUGUGUACCAGUUUCUAGUUAGAAAGGCGAUUCGGAGUAAGGUUCUUACUCAGUUGCUGGAAUUAAGAGUUCUAGAACUUUCCCCACAUGUUGAUACCACUGUGACUAGUGGCAUGGAGAAUGUCCUCACUGCUUCUGUGACUUCAGCUGCACAGCUGGUUGAGUCUGAAGUUGAAGCUAGAGCCACACUACCCUGCUUUGAUCCUUUUUCUCCUUUCUCUUCUCAAGGAUUGAUGGAUGAGGCCUGUGCCAAGGUGCGCACUGCAUGUCUCCAAAUGGAGGCUCAAGAAAAGGCAGAGGCAUGUAAAACAGAGAUGGAGCUUAGGAUAGCUGUGUGCUGGAAGAUGGAACUUGAGGUAGACCGGGAAGUUCGAUUAAGAUCACUUCACAGACCACUGCCCCCUCUGCUAACCUGUCUUCCCUUCCUCGGUUGCUGUCCUCUCCACCGGUACCUCAUUCUUGCUCUUGACGUGAUUAAGAACAAUUUGCUGUUUCCCCCUUUCCGAGAAACUGAGGUGGACACUUAUUUUAGUGCAUUUGAGCGAAUAGCUAUAGUCUUAAAUUGUCCUAGAGAUGUCUGGUCUUUCCUGCUCCAUUGUAAGUUAGUAGGAAAAGCUCAGGAAGUGUGGUCUUCAUUAUCCUUGCAGGAUAGCUUACAGUAUGACCUAGUGAAAGUCGCUAUACUCCCUGCUUAUGAGCUGGUUCCUUCACAAACAUUUGUAGAGUUUGCAAGGGAGAAAGAGACCUUGUUGGAUAAAUGGUGUUCUCUGAGUAAAGCUAAUGACCUUACUCUUUAUGUGAGCUGUUUUUGCGUGAGGAAUUUAAGAACUGUUUACCUGAUUAUGUAGUAGUAUAUCUAAAUGAGAGAAAGGUUUCCUCCACGUCAGAAGCUGCUGUGUUAGCUGAUGAGUUUGUGCUGACACAUAAGAAUAUGUACAAACAAACCAAUGUAGGACCUCAUUUACUGACUAAUCAACAGUCUAAGAUAGUUCAGCCUAGUCAGUCAAAUUCCCCCUCAGCUCCUCAGUAAGUUUCUACUGCCAUAAGCCUCACCAUGUAAUUACAAAUUGUGCAAUUUUAAAAAGAAAACAGGAAAAGGAAAAGCAAAAGCAAAGCCCCAGUCUCUCUCAGAGCAUUGCUGUAGUUAGAACUCUUGCUGCUGCAGGCAUGAUGAUGCUAAAGAGUUCAGACAUUUGUAACAGAUGGUACUGUUUCUUUGGUAGGUAAGGAGCAGACCCUAGUCCCUGUUAAAAUCCUACGUGAUACCGGGGCUACCCAGUCAUUUAUUUUGACUGGAGUUUUACCUUUUUCAGAGCAGUUGCUCCGUGGAACAUGUGUCUUUUGUAAAGGGAUUGCUAUGCAUUAUAUUAGGGUUCCUCUGCACCAUGUCUGUUUGUGCUCAGGUGUAGCUAUGGGGAUAUUUAGAGUAGCAGUAUGUCAGUCCUUACCUGUGGAAGGCAUUAUGUUCAUUCUGGGGAAUGACAUAGCUGGAGAUAAAAUUCUUCCAUUCUUAGAGGUUCUGGAGAACCCUGCUGACUGUCCCUUACCAGAUGAACUCUCGCAUUACCACCCCACGGUUUUCCCUACAAGUUUUGUGACUAGGGCUGCAAUGAUUAGUCGUCAACGUCGACGACAUCAACUAUAAAAUUUCGUCGACGUGAAAUUUCAUUGUCGACACGUCGUAUUAUUUAAGCAGCCUCAUUUAACUCAUGACUUAAUACUUCUUCGUUUACUGUCUAUGAUAAGAACACAUGCAAAUGAAACUGCAAUGCACCGCAAGAAGUGGUGGGGGCAGUAGCAUCUUUUAACCAUUUGCGUCCUAAAUCAAUCAAUCAAUCAGUGAAGAAGUAUAACACAGAGAUCAACAAUGGCAGAAGCUCCGGCUCCGUGUGAGCAGAAUGUAAUGAACUUGAGGCCGCGACUGUCUAAAGUCUGGGAGUUUUUUAAAGAUAAUAAAAAUAAUAAAGUCAAGUGCACUGUCUGCAAUGAGUUGGCCUACCACGGCAGUACAACGGCGAUGCACGAGCAUCUUAAGCGAAAACACCCAGGACUGGUGUCCAAAGUUCCAGAUGGGUAAGUUUGCAGUUUUUGGUUUACUUUUUGGAAAAUGCGUCUUUCAGUCUAGACUGCCAGUAUUUUUAGGCCUUUUCACGAAAGACAGUGUUGAACAAUGAGCGUGCUUACAUGCAGGGACUAACGUUACUCCAGUUAUAAACGAAAUAGUGGCGAUAUUCGGUUUGCGCGCGAGUCAUUCUGAUUGACAUGAAAUUUGGCCAUAUUUGGCGCAAACUGAACAUCGCCACUCUACCAUUUAUAACCGGACUUGUCCCUGCAUGUAACUGCGCUCACUGACUGAAUGGUAACAUUAGGGUCUCAUCCCUUAUGUUAAUAUUGUAAGCUAAAUUCAAACUGUCACCUCGCCUACUAAUGUUAAAGUUAGCGUCAGCUCUGCAUGAUGUAUGAUAAGAGAGAUAAGGUAGAUAGGCUGUUGUAGAUAAAUAAGUAUGAACAUAAAUAACUAAAUUAUCAAUUUUUUUUCCGUUCUCAUUUUACCACUUUAGAAGUUCAAAGCAAAGGCGUGUGAAUGACUUCGUCCUGCGGAGAGGCAUUUGCACCCCCGAAAUGGCCAGAAUUCUCACUAACAGCGUUCUAAACAUGCUGGUCUACGACAUGAGGCCUAUAUCAAUGGUGGAAGGCGAGGGUUUCAAGGAAAUGAUUCAUACAUUCAAUCCUGACUAUGUGUUGCCUUCAAGAACACAUUUUACCAAGCUCAUGGAGGGAAAGUAUGAAACAAUUCUCAAUCAUGUUAAAGAUACUCUCAAAUCAGCAAAUGGGAAGAUCGCCCUGACAGCCGAUGCAUGGGCCACCGAAGCAUACCUGGGCAUUACUUGCCACUAUUUAAGUGAUGACUGGGUAUUCAAAAAGUACUGCCUGACAACAAUGCCACUUGAGGAACGACACACAGGUGCAAACAUCGCAGGGUGGAUUGAGGAGCCUUUAGAAAAGGUUGGACUCCCUCCCUCCAAGAUUGUAGGGAUUGUCCAUGACAAUGCCCGCAAUAUUGUGCUAGCUGCUAACAUUUUGCACGAUCGACACGGGUGGCUGUCGGUUCGUUGUGCAGGCCACACCUUACAGCUGGUGGUCAACCAUGCUCUGAAGCAAACACAGAUCAGUAAUGCACUUGGAGCAGCGAGGGCUCUUGUGGAGCACUUCAAAAAAAGUGAAUUGGCUUCAACCAAGCUUAAGCUUAAGCAAAAACAGAUGGGGACUCCAGACCACCGUCUCAUCCAGGACGUCUCCACUAGAUGGAAUAGCACAUAUUACAUGAUCAACAGCAAGGUAAAAGGUACCUGAAUCUUAAACCCGAUCAGUGGACCCUCUUGGAACACCUUGCAAAAGCUCUUGAGCCACUUGAAUGUGCCACUGUGUUCUUGAGCGGGGAAAGCUACGUGACAAUCUCUACCCUCCCUCCUCUGUACAGAGGGCUAUUGAAGUCCACCAGCAUUGCCUAUGAUGUAGCGCCAGUGCAGGCUUUUCAGACUGCUGCCUCAUUGGAGAUGACUGAAUACUGCUCUGAUGUGGUCAGUGUCACAGAUGAUGAUGAUCCAAGCAAGCACAUCAUUGCAGCUGCACUAGACCCAAGGUUCCGGAAACUGAAAUUCCUAACACCACAGGAGAAGUUCAGCGUGCAGAGUAAACUACAAGAUCUAGCUCUACAGAUUGCCUUUGAGAAGAACCAGCCCAGCACAGGGGAGUCCACACCAUCAGAUGAUCUGCAUUCAACAUCCGGGCAUGAAUCAACUCUCGAUUCACUUCUUGGAUGCGAUUCAGAUGGUGAUGAGAGUGAGACAGAUCAGCAGGCAUCACAUGAACAACUAGUCAGUAAUGAAGUGCUGAUGUACUUUGCUGAGCCACCAAUCUUGAAGAAACAGUGUCCCCUGUCCUGGUGGAAGCUCAAUGAGACCAAGUACCCCACAAUGGCAAUUUUAGCCAAGUCAUUCUUAUGCAUUCCUGCUACCUCCACAGCAUCGGAAUGGCUAUUCUCUGUAGCUGGGUAUAUUGUCUCUAAGAAGAGAGCUAGUCUUGACCCAGAUCACGUGGACAUGCUGACAUUCAUGCACUGCAAUAAGCCAUAAGUUUAAAUCCUUUCCUACUUUUUGUUUACAUAUGGCCUUAUUUGACCACUUUAAGUCACUUUAAGACACAACAAUGUCACUUACCUCAGUUUUUCAAUUUUCUUAAUGUCCAUGGCCAGUUUGUGGUUUCUCAAGUUACUGGAUGUUAACUCAGUGUUUACAUUGUGUCCUGUUGCGAGGAUGCUACCUUUUAUUACUUGAUAGGCUCUUGCACUUUAUUUUCAGUUGUGAAAUGA